AUGCUUAAGAGAUUUUCUACACCGAUUUUGAAACCAUACUGGCCAUUCUUCGUUGGCGGAGCCAUCAUGUACUGGACUUUUGGUAAGGUUGCUAACCUAUCUGCCAACUCUAAUGAGUUUAUUAACGAUCCUAGAAACCCUCGUUUUGCUCGUGGUGAGAAGCCAGUUGAGUUGAAGCAGUAA